AUGCCUGGUGGCACAGGGAAAAAACAAUCAGAGAAGAGAUAUCUUGUGCCACCAACCUUGACAGCAGGAAGAGUGAAGUACCCAAGGAAUGAAGAUCUGGCCAGGGUUGAAGUAGCAGUGCUGGGUACCAUUCUAGCGGUCACAAUUCUUGGAAAUGUAUGCAUCUUGUUCAUCAUAUAUAGAAGGAAGAAGAAGCUAACCAGGAUGCACCUUUUCAUUGUGCACCUUGGCAUUGCUGACUUGGCAGUGGGACUCUUUCAGAUUUUACCCCAAAUGAUUUGGAAAAUCACCUUCAGGUUUAUUGGCUCUGACAUACUGUGUAGAACUGUGAAGUAUGCACAAGUAAUGAGCAUGUUUGCAUCUACUUACAUGCUACUGAUGAUGACUAUAGACCGUUAUGUGGCCGUAUGUCAUCCACUUAAGACUCUGCAACAGCCAAGUAGACAUGCCUAUAUCAUGAUUGGAGCUACAUGGAUCUUUAGUUCUUUGCUUAGUUUACCUCAGAUCUUUAUCUUUUCCUUAACGGAGAUAGGUCAAAAUACAGUAAUUACUGACUGCUGGGCUGACUUUAGAUACCCAUGGGGGGCAAAAGCCUACAUUACAUGGACUACAGUUUCCAUCUUUAUUGUACCAGUAGGAAUCCUGGUGCUUUGCUACAGCUUGAUCUGUUGUGAGAUCUGUAAGAAUCUCAAGGGAAAAAUGCAGAAUUAUGAGACAGGACAGAGGGAGAAUAGUGGACACAUGCCCUCUAGGGUCAGCAGCAUCCGGACAAUCUCUAGGGCUAAAAUUAGGACAGUAAAAAUGACCUUUGUCAUUGUGUUAUCCUACAUCAUUUGCUGGACACCAUUUUUUAGUGUUCAGAUGUGGACAGUAUGGGAUGAAAAUGCUCCAGAUCACGAUUCCUCAGAUUUUGCCUUUACCAUCACUAUGCUACUAGCUAGCCUGAGUAGUUGCAGCAACCCCUGGAUCUACAUGUUCUACAGUGGCCCCCAUCUGUGUGGCAGAACUCCCCUACCUCAUGCAAUCAGGCAGAAUUCUACAGGCAGUGCCUCCAGUCGUCGAGACACCCUCCUGACUCGCAUCCGCAAUAAUUCCUUAGUAGGGGGCAAAAGGAUGAAGGGACAUGCCAUAGUGCCAGAGAUUCUGUACCCUGCAUAUGAAGACACUGUGAUAGAGUCUGGACUUCUGUAG